AUGGCGUUGCAGAGAUCUACAGCGUCGUUUAGGAGACAAGGAUCUUCAGGACUCAUCUGGAACGACAGAUUUUUGAGCGGAGAGAUUCGUAACGACGAGAGAAAAGAAGAUCGCAUUAACGAUCAUCGUGACGGAUCAAUGGCAGCGACGGCGCCACCAGUGAAACGGAGCGCAUCGGACGGAGGAUAUGGCCACAGUGGACGUUUGUCUGAGAUUUCUCCAACGUUUGAUCCACCUUCCCCUAAAAUCUCUGUUGGAUGUGGCUUCUGUUCUUUGUUUUCGUCUGAUCGGAGAAGAAGAAACAGAGUAAGGAGAAGAUCAAGCGCUGGAAGUUCAUAA